AUGUCUUCAUACUACUUUACCAUCAUAGGAACGAGUGACAAUCCACUUUAUGAGUUGGAAUUCUCUUCUUUCAAGACUUCUACAGGCAUACCAGGCCAAGCUCAAUUUCUGCCCAAAGUGAAGGAGCUCUUACCCUUCAUCACCAAUCUGUCCCUAGAUUUGAUUGAGGAUGCUCAGUGGAGCGGGAACAAUUUCCAUUUAGGAAAGAUAGACUCUUUCUAUGGCCUUCAGGUUAGUGCAUUUAUCACGCAGGGCAGCAUAAAGUUUGUACUUUGCCAAGAUGCGGGCAAAGAGACGCUGGGAUUCACCGGUGCUGGAAGACACGACGAAAGUGGCAUCAAGCUGUUUUUCUUUGAAGUUUACGAUUUGUACGUCAAAGCAAUGCUCAAUCCGUUUUAUGCAGUUAACGACCCCCUCGUUUCCCCUGAUUUUGAUUACCGGGUAAAGACUCUUGUUCGCAAGUACUUGUGA